AUGCCUUUCACCUCCCUCUACAUUAAUGGACUUCGCCUCCCCUCCAGCAAUGGCGAAACGUUCGAAAUCAUCAGUCCGUCAACGGACCAAGUUGUCGGUAUAUCCGCAUCUGCAUCCAGUGAAGAUUGUCAAAAUGCUAUACUUGCAGCCUCGAACGCUUUCAAAACUUGGGAACACACCUUGAUAAGCGAAAGACGCGGUAUAUUUCUUCGAGCUGCCGAACUGCUGCAGUCGGAGGAUAAGAGUCAAAGGGGUAAAAUGUAUAAAGAUGAGAUCAAGAGGGCGGUGGAAGAAGAAACAGGUGCAGCACCAGCAAUGACGAACUUCAAUUGGGUCGCGUCAAUCGGGCUGUUGAAGGAUCUGGCGAGCUUAGGGAAUGUGGGUGAACUAGGAGGGAUGAAUUUCCCUUCAGAAAAGACCCAAGGAGGAAGCGUUGUUGUUGAGCGCAGGGCUAUGGGCGUAAUAUUCGCAAUCGCCCCUUGGAAUUCGCCUGUGAAUCUGACUCUGAGAGCAGUCUUGAUCCCCAUCUUAUGCGGAAAUACUGUCGUCUUUCGUUCCUCCGAGCAAAGUCCUAGAAGUCAAGCUAUCAUCUGUGAUCUAUUUGAAGAAGCUGGGCUACCUGCCGGAGUUUUCAAUUUCAUUUCGACGUCCAGAGAGAAUGCACCGAGGCUAACAGCGGAAAUUAUUGCGAAUCCGUUAGUAAGAAAGAUCAAUUUCACCGGCAGCGAUCGCGUCGGAAGAGCAAUCGCUAUGGAGGCUGCAAAAUAUUUGAAGCCUUGCGUUUUGGAACUUGGAGGGAAGGCACCUGUUGUAGUUCUAAACGACGCAAAUGUCACCGAAGCCGCUAAAGGAAUCGUGCAUGGGGCCUUGCUCCAUUCCGGACAAAUAUGUAUGUCAACUGAGCGGGUUAUUGCUCAAAGAGAGAUAUUUCACGUUCUUCACGACAAAAUUUGCGAGCUCGUACGAUCUAUUAAGGCUGGAAGCACACCAAGUCAUAGUCAAACUGGGGUGGAUUCUGACAUCAAGUUAGGUCCACUUUUUUCGGAAAGCUCCGCUCAAAAUGUCCUCGAUAUGUUACAUGAGGCAAAGGAGACGGGUGCAAGUGUACUGCUUGGGGAUUUGACACGGGAGAGGACCGUUAUACAACCUCAUGUUUUGACAGAUGUGAAACCCGGGUCGAGGAUAUGGGAUCAGGAGACGUUUGGACCUGUCAUCAUACUCAAAGCUGCCGACAGUGUCAAUGAAGCAGUAGAAUUAGCCAAUGCCUCGAGUUAUUCGCUCACUGCGGCCCUUUGGACAUCUAAUUUGUAUGCUGCAAAAGAUGUUGCAUCUCGUAUACACUCAGGAUAUGUCAAUAUCAACGGAAGUACUAUCUACAGCGAGUCUGCAUAUGGACUUUUUGGACUAGGAGGAAGUUCUGGCUACGGCCGUUUUUCUAUUAAUGAUUUCACGGAUCUGCGUGUGAUCGUUACUCACCCUCAAACCCCUGCAUCUUAUCCGUUCUUCAAAUGA